CAGCAGCAUGGCUGAGGAGAGGCAAUAUGGAAAUUGGUUGCCACUUUCCCAGCUGUCAGGUUCCAAAGCAACACUGCAGCAGAAAGGAUUAUUUUAUCUCAGUCUUAUUUGUUCUGUGAAGAUAAUUCGUAAGAAACGUCUGCUUUGAAUCCUUUCUUCUUCUUCUGGCAAGUCACUUCAUCCUACUAAGUGUCCCCCAUGUCUGAGAUAAGAGAAGUGCUUCCUACAACACCUUCCAAAUAAAAAGAAAGCUCGGGUGCUCAUUGUUACCUUGCUCUCCUAUCUGCUCAAACAGUAGCAUCUUAGAGGCCCUGUGGUUUCACUUCCUAUUGACUCAAAAGUUUUCAGCCCUCUUGGCUUUGUAGCAGACAGACUGCUGCUACUGCUCAGGGAGAGAACGCCAACGGCCAGCUCUCCUGCAUCUGGGGGCCCUUCUGGUACUCACUCUGCUGAGGUCCCUGGACUUUCCCCCCAAAAUUCUGCCAUGACAACACCACUGGGGGUGUACGUGCUUGCUCAGCCAUCAGCACCUCCUCUUCCUCCCAAACCAGAUACACCCAGCAGUUUUGAGGACGAUGAUUAUGAUGAUGCGGGUGUUGUGACUGCGAUGGUUUCUGAAAGUCAGACAACACCGUCGGCUCCUAAUGAAAAAAGAAACAUGGACAAUCAGAAAGCCCUCCAUCCUAGAUGUGGUCCAUGGUAUUCAAGCAUCAAUGCCCUUCCUUCUGAUCAUGUGACAAACAGUUCAAACUGUGUUCCUCCUGACUCUGACUCUCCACAAAAGAAAAGCACUAGAAGAUUUCAUGUAGUCGUUCUUUAUGUCCUGGUAACAAUAUGCUGUGUGAUGUGGGCAGGACUCCUUUUUGUGAUCCUGGUGAAGUACUCAGGAAUAUCAGAGGAGCUACAGGCUCUGUCAGAGGAACUACAGACCUUAAACUUCAACCAAUCAGAGAAGCUCAUGAGAAUGAGGAAGGACCUGGAUUAUGUAUACACAACACAAAGGAUUCUUGAAAGAACUGCUAGCAACAACUUCAGCGAACUACAGGAUAUCACAACAUCCAUCUGCAGCAGUGGAAAAUCCUCAAUCUCUCAUUCAUGCCCCACCAAUUGGAAGACUGAAGGACAUAACUGCUAUUACAUUUCAACAGAGAAGAAAAACUGGACUGAUGCUCUGUGGUACUGCAUUAUUCAUAGGGCUCAUUUGGUCAGCAUUUGGUCUGAUAAGGAACAGGGUUUCCUGAGAGAUAACAUCGAUAACACCAUGACAUACUGGCUGGGUGUGGUUCAUAUUGAAAGUGAGGGGAAAUGGAGAUGGAGAGAAGGUGAUUUGAUUGUAUCUACAGCUUUUUGGGAUGUAGGAGAACCACAGACGGAUGAUGAAAAGAACUGCGGCAUCAUGCACCCCAACGGAACAUGGGCUUCUGCAGUGUGUUCCCUUCCCUAUCAAUGGAUUUGUAAAAAGAAGCUGAUCUGUUGAGACACCUUGUGGGACAGGAUUGCAUACAAGCUGGGAUGCUUCCCUUCUCCCCACCCGCUCCUGAUCCUGGAAUGCACGGCAGCUGUCGGACAGACAGAUGGAAGAUGAAAGCUUUUCUUAUUGCAAGGUCCUUAAAUAUUUUUAUGUGCGAUACAUAGCCCUGCAUCAGCUCAUUGUGUGACAAGUGAAAUGAUUGUCUCUCAUACAUAGGUACUCACGUUCCUAGAACCUCCCUGUCAGACACGUGGGUGAGGGAGAGAUCAGACCCACUGACAGGGAUCAGACAGAUCGCUGAAACAUGCUUGGCCCUCCUAAGCAUGUAGCAAACACUCCUUACAGCAUAUCAGAUGUUGGUGAUUUGCUCCUUACAUUUCAAGAGUGAUUAUCCACUUCCAUUUGGUGGUCUUUUUAUAUCAGAUUUAGGUUGCUCAAUGGCAUGGAAGCUGCUUCUCAUACAGUUCUAUUUUACGUGGCAAUUUCAAGUGCAACACAUGUAUUAGUUAGGGAGCAGGGAGAACUAAGCAACAAAAUACUAAGCUUUGAAUACUGGAAAAAUGUAGUUGCCUUGCAAGCAAAGCACCAACUGGGAGAAUGAUUGUUGGGGGCCAUCUGCAGUGGAUGUGCUAACUGGAAAAACAAUGGUGCACCCCCAAGAACCCCCCUUCUUCAGGCUAGAUCUAAAGCGUUACUGAUGUUAAGCAUUAUGAUAUUCUUCCUUAUGCAUGUAUGCAUUUCUUCUGGAAAAGUAUGUCAAGGUAGUUUAAGCUUCCACUGCCGCAAAGGAGAUUACCAUCACAGUAUACCCAUAGGCACUGUUUGCAUAUGUGUUCCCAUAACUGAAAAAGUCAGCAGAAAUAUUAUAGGGAGAGUCAGAACGAAAAGGAGGCUGUACUGUGCUAGGUGCUGUAUGUUCACUCUUAUUUCAAAGGCUAGCGUACAAGAAGUAGACUUUUAUUUUAUUUUUUAGAGAAGGGAUAUGGAAGCAUUUUAAGCUGGAAGGCCAGGUCACAUUGUGCCCAACCCUCCACGGGCCACAUUUGACAGAUGGGCUGGGCUGAUCACCUAUCAAUCACCUGAUGUCAUAUGACAUCAGCUGGAUCCAACCUGGGCCAAAAGCAACAUGGCUUGCAUUUGAGUGGCAAAUGUAAACCAUGCCAUAUGCAAGGCACACUUGCAAAAGGAACAGUUGGGAGAUUUAGAGUGCACUCCUGGUUGUUCCUAUGCAAGUGCAGCUUCCAUAUGGUGCUGUUUAAAUUUGGUACCAAAUGUAAGGGGUACUGUUUUUGGCAGACAUCCAAACCACUUGAGAGCUCUUGGGUGGGUUUGAUCCCAUACUCUAGGACUCCUGAUUGUUCCUUUGCAGCCAUGGAUUUACCUGUCCAAUGCCUGAUGUCAUAUGACAUCAGGUGAAUGACAGGCAAGCACAGCCAGAGAAAAUUGGGAGACCUGGUGGGCCUAGUUUGGCCCAUGAGCCAGAGGUUCCCUACCCACAUUUUAGAGGAACUACAGCUAGAAGCAAUAAUUAAUAUUGAGAGUGUAUGUGAAAUUUGGUUGAGUUAAGCAUAUGUAUCAAUCUUUCCUUUGCAUAGGUAGCAGUCACAUGGUAUGCCCACUGCUGAUAUUUUCAAGAGAGAAAAUGCACAUUUUUACUUUUGCAAACAACUUAACCUUUUGCAUAGUCCCCAAAGGAAAAUAUGCAAGUUACCUUGAUUGCCUUGUAAUUUGGCUUUGCUCAGUUUUAUUUCAUUUAUUGUGUGUGUGUGUGCUUCUGAAAUUGUUUCCUCCUUAAUGGUAUAAUUCAAUAGUUCACUGAUUACAGUUUUACAUUGGAUCUGUCAUUUUACAUUGAAUAAAAAUGUACAUUGUAACAAUC